AUGGCUCCGACUACUCGCCCCGAACACCACAUCAAUCUCAAUUACAUCCCCCAGCUGUCUUCGCAGCCGCCACAUUCCGGCUCCUCGACCGGCACCACCUCGCCUGUCGAGCCCCCCAACAGCGGCUCUCUCCGCUUCCCUGGGAACACGUCGAACCCGCUGGGAAACGCCGCGGCAGGCGCAAGGCUGGGAGCUGGAUCCCCGUCGCAUGAUUAUGGCGGUCGCCUAUUCUCCAAACGUGCACGCGAGAUCCAAGCCCAGGAGGGCUUGACACCGCAAAUGUGGGGACCUCCCACCAGCGGCAAUUCCACGCCCCUGCGUGAAACCAUCCCAGAAUCUCCCAAUGGAGAGAGCUUCCCUGACUUCAACAAUGCUACCCCAGAGUCCACGUCAGCUGCGCAGACAUCGGGUCGCCGUGCCCGUGCUGGUACUCUUCCUUCGCGCUUCUCCCCCACUACUGCUCCUCCUGGGCUCAUGUCAGCCUCCUCCCUCCUCCCAAAGACAUCUCGCCCUACACCUUCGACUAGCCCUUUCAAGCCGGGCCCAGGUACGCCGACAGAUACUUCGACCUUUAACGCCCUAGGCUCUACAAACGCCGCUGCCAAGUCUGCACUACUUUCCCGCCUUCGUGCUGGCUCAAUGCCUCAACGACCAGGCUUCCUGCCACCUUCCACCUCUCCGUUUGGCAACUCCAUCUUCUCCACCGGGUGGGCAAGCAACCGCGAUCGCAGCAGCACCCUUCAAAGCAUCGCUUCCCUGCCGUCGAAUGGACCUGGCUCGCCCAUGUCCUCGUUCUCACGCGAUUCACUUGCCGACACAGAUGUCAAGACUCUCGACUACCUUGGGCUCGUCGACACUCCUCAGCCUACCCGAGCUACACUGGCCCCUUCGGAUAUCGAGUUGCUUCUUGAAAGCCAACGAAAUGCCAACAGCCAACACUCGAGCAGUGCUAACCGAUUCCGCUCCUACUCUGUGAACGCCAAAGAAAAGUAUGCGGAGGACGAGGAGGAUCAGUUUGGCGCCUAUAGUGGCCAAAUUACGCCUGCCGAGGCCAACGCGCUCCUCAUCCACGAAGCUGUUCGUCAACACAACCUCGAGGUUCAAGCAUUUGCAAACCUCGCUUCUUCUGCACGUCCUCGAGCUAGGACUGCUGGUGUGCUAGAUGGGCCUUCACGAGGGCUGAUGCGGAGUUAUCUGCCCGCCAUGGGACAAUAUAACAACAACAUGACAGGUGCUGACUUUACCGAGGAUGCCGAGUACAACCUAACUGAAGCCGUCAAGAAGCUCCACCUUCCCGGGUCGAAUCUUGGUGAUGAUGGUACCCUCGAAGGGCCUACUCGAUCACUGUGGCUUGGUAACAUCCCUUCAUCCACCACUGUGUCGUCUCUCAAUGUCAUAUUUGCUGCCUACGGCACGAUCGACUCGACCCGUGUGUUGACCCACAAAAACUGCGGUUUUGUCAACUUUGAGAACCUUGAGAGCGCUGUUCAAGCGAAACAAACCCUGAAUGGCAAGGAGAUCUUCCCUGGUGCUGGACCAGUUCGCAUCGGUUACGCUAAAAUUCCUAGCGCGGCAGCGACGCCUGGUCACAAUGGCCUCUUCCCCUCGCCCAGCCCGGACCCAUUGUCGAAGGCACAGGCGGAGGGUGUGACCGGCGUACCUACCAGCACAAAGGCGAACAGCACUCCAACUGCGAAUGCACCUUUGACCACUCCUGAGUUGACAGAUAUCCGUAGCGAUAUUGUCCAAAUCGUAAAAGAAUUGGGUGCUACAGACGAGGAACAGGCCCGGAUAACGUCGCAGGUAGAGGCCGCUGUUCAGUUCAACAACUACGUGGACGAGAUCCCUACUGUUGAGGAGCCAAGUCAUACUCGGAUUCACGAUGCGCCAAGACUGCGCGAGAUUCGCAAACGCAUUGACAAUGGCUCUUGCUCAAAGGAGGACAUUGAACAGAUUGCCAUGAGCAUGCUCCCUGAAAUCGCUGAGCUGUCUUCAGACUACCUUGGCAACACCGUCGUGCAGAAACUGUUCGAGUUCUGCGAGGAGCCUACCAAGGAAGCAAUGCUGCGCGAGAUUGCACCUCACCUUGCUAAGAUCGGUGUCCACAAGAACGGAACGUGGGCCGCUCAGAAAAUUAUUGAGGUCUCUAAAUCUCCCGCCAUGCAGAAGAUGGUGGUGGACGCUGUACAGCCCUAUGCGAAGGCGCUUUUCCUCGACCAAUUCGGCAACUACGUUAUGCAGGGUUGCCUAAAGUAUCAGAACUUCAACAACUUCAUCUUUGAAGUCAUGCUCGGCCGACUUUGGGAUCUCGCUCAGGGUCGAUUCGGUGCUCGUGCCAUGCGAGCCUGUCUGGAGAGCCACUUUGCCACCAAGGAUCAACAGCGCAUGGUAGCAGCUGUAAUUGCCCUCCACAGCGUUCAGCUUGCUACAAAUGCUAAUGGUGCGUUGCUUUUGACCUGGUUCCUCGACACCUGCACUUUCCCAAGAAGGCGCACUGUCCUGGCUCCUCGUCUGGUCCCACACAUCGUCCACCUCUGCACCCACAAGGUUGCCUAUCUUACUGUCCUCAAGAUCAUCAAUCAACGUAAUGAGCCGGAGGCUCGCGACACCAUCCUACAGGCGCUAUUUUUCUCUCCCAAUGACCAGGUCCUGGAGGAUAUUCUGGUCGACCAGAAUUGUGGCGCUACCUUGAUCUUCAAAGUGCUCACUACGCCUUUCUUUGAUGAGCAAAUUCGCGCAGAAGUUGUGCAGAAUGUACGAAAUGUGCUUGUUCGCAUCAAAGCACAGCCUCAACAAGGCUACAAGCGACUCAUGGACGAAGUAGGCCUUUCGACUCGUGGCGGACCUGGCCACCGAGAACAUUCCCAAACUCGCCCUGCAUCCAAGGACAGCGCUGGCCCCCAGGCCAACCAGGGUUUCUACCAGGGAGCCGCUCCUGGCUUCGAUCCCGUUGGUCUUCAGCGCACCGCAAGUAUGGACUCGAACGGCUUCGAGCAAUAUCCCAUGGGCGCCAAUGCCCAAAUGUUUAUGCCGAACAUGCAGACUAUGACCGGCCAGCAGCAGUUGCAGUACCAACAGCUUCUAGCCCGCCAGGGUCAGUAUUACCCGCAGAUGAACGGCUUCCAGCCUGCUGCUCCUGGUAUGGACCCGUACCGAAACGCAUCGCCAGUUGCAGCUCCCGGUUAUACGGGGUCGCCAAUGAUGCAGCCAGCCAACCUCGCAGGACAAGGCAUGGGACCGGGGAUGUAUCCGUAUGGCAUGUAUAUGCCUCAGCAGCAACAGCAGCAGCAGCAAGCAGCUGGAGGUAACCAGCGACGUGGCAGGGUAAGCAGAAAUGCGUCUCCAGCCGGCAGUCGACGCUAA